AUGCCGCCCACCGGAGGCCGUGGCCCCCUAACGGGGAAGUCACUGAUCUAUUUCACGAGUAUAUUCGUGUCCCUGGGUGUGUUCUUGUUUGGAUAUGACCAGGGUGUCAUGUCGGGCAUCAUCACUGGCCCGUACUUCCGUCGGGCAUUCAACGAGCCCUCGAAGGCCGAGGUCGGCACCAUGGUUGCCAUUCUCGAGAUUGGCGCGUUGAUAUCGUCCCUCGCGGUCGGCAGAAUCGGCGACAUUAUCGGCCGCAGAAAGACCAUCCUAUACGGCUCGAUCAUUUUCUUCAUCGGCGGUGCUCUACAGACCGCAGCCACCAACAUGCCCAUGAUGAUGUUGGGCAGAAUCAUUGCUGGUCUGGGUGUUGGCAGUCUCUCCACUAUCGUGCCUGUAUACCAGUCCGAAAUCUCGCCCCCGCACAACCGCGGCAAGCUGGCCUGCAUCGAGUUCAGUGGUAACAUCAUUGGUUAUGCCACCUCGGUCUGGGUUGACUACUUCUGUGGAUAUAUCGAGAGCGAUAUGUCAUGGCGCAUCCCGCUCUUGAUGCAAUGCGUCAUGGGUGCAUUGCUGGGUUUCGGGAGCCUCAUUAUUGUCGAAUCUCCAAGAUGGUUGCUCGACAACGACCACGACGAAGAGGGUAUCGUGGUCAUUGCUAACCUCUACGGUGGUGGUGAUAUUCACAACCCCAAGGCUCGGGACGAGUACCGCGAGAUCAAGAUGAACGUGCUGCUUCAGCGCAUGGAAGGCGAGAGAACAUACACCGAAAUGUUCCGUCGGUACAAGACUCGGGUGUUCAUCGCCAUGUCGGCUCAAGCAUUGGCACAGCUCAAUGGCAUCAACGUCAUUUCGUACUAUGCCCCCUACGUCUUCGAAGCUGCGGGAUGGCAUGGACACGACGCCAUCAUGAUGACUGGAAUCAACGCCAUCACCUACCUGCUCUCCACUAUUCCGCCGUGGUACGUGGUUGAUCGAUGGGGUCGGCGUGUGAUCCUCCUCACCGGUGCUUUGGCCAUGGCUAUCUCACUGUCUAUGGUGUCGUACUUCCUCUACCUCAAGGUCACCAUCACCCCGACAAUGGUUGUCAUCUUUGUCAUGUUAUACAAUGCAGCUUUUGGAUACUCAUGGGGCCCUAUCCCGUGGCUCUACCCGCCCGAGAUCCUCCCCCUUAGCAUCCGUUCGAAGGGCGCGAGUCUGUCGACUGCCUCGAACUGGGCUUUCAACUGGUUGGUUGGUGAGAUGACCCCCAUUUUACAAGAAUGGAUCGGCUGGCGGCUUUACCUGCUCCACGCUUUUUUCUGUGUUGUCAGUUUCGUAGUCGUGUACUUCAUCUAUCCGGAGACCUGUGGUGUGCGUCUAGAAGACAUGGACUCGCUAUUCGGUGAUGCCAGCACGGCAGCUGGCACCCCGCAAAUGAGAGCCGAGACCGGUUCAAUUCGUGCCGGCUCCCCAGCUCCGUCAGACUUCCGUGGUCGCCAAAUCGACAACAACAUUCCGCCUCUCGACAUCGGAAGCGUCGAGCCUCCUUACGUGCCGAUCGUGGACGGGAAGCCACAGUAUCGCUCGCAGAGUCGUGGUGGUUCUCGCGCCCGCGUGGGCGAGUGGCUCAACCGCGUUACAGGUCCACGAGGGACGAGUGGCAGUCCAGCCAACAGAGGACGCUAUCAGUCUGUAGACCAACGUGCUGAUGACGAGUGA